AUGGACAGCGUAAAAGAAGCUAUAUCAGUUAUCACCAUAGGUAAAGUGGUCGCCGAAUUCCUUCACAAAACCGAUCGCGUGUUGCAAGCCAUCGAGGUAUACAAGGAAUGUUUAACUAUAUUACACAGUCAGGUGCUGGCUAUCGAUAGUUCAUUGGCAAACGCUAUGUUCCGUGUCGUCUACCGGAAUAUAAUCUGUGCUUACGUUUAUAUAAAGGAUUACACAAGUACAGAAAAAUAUCUCAGGAAACUCCUCCUAUACCUAGACUCUAAUAACACCGCUGAAAAAGGAUGGCUACAUUUUAAACUGGCAGAAAUACUUCAGCAUCAAAAUAGGUUAAUGGAAGCCUGGAAACUUUACGAAUCAGCAAUCAACCUCAUGAAAACGAUAGGAAACACUCAAGGCCAAGCACGAUGUAACGAAAACCUCGGAACAAUGUUCCAAUCACUUGGUCAUUAUGACAAGGCCCGAGAAUAUCAGGAGAAAGCACUCACUAUCAGAAUAGAAAUUGGCGACAGGGAUGGAGAAGCAAGAUGCUACAGAAACCUAGGAACUUUGUUCCAAUUACUUGGUCAUUAUGAAAAGGCCCGAGAAUAUAAGGAGAAAGCACUCGCUAUCAAAAUAAAAAUUGGCGACAGGGAUGGAGAAGCAAAGAGCUAUGGAAACCUAGCAGUUUUGUUCCAAUCACUUGAAAUUGGCGACAGGAAUGGAGAAGCAACGAACUACGGGACCCUAGGAGCAUUGUUCCAAUCACUUGGUCAUUAUGAAAAGGCCCGAGAAUAUCAGGAGAAAGCACUCGCUAUCAAAAUAAAAAUUGGCGACAGGAAUGGAGAAGCAACAAGCUACGGACACCUAGGAGUAUUGUUCCAAUCACUUGGUCAUUAUGACAAGGCCCGAGAAUAUCAGGAGAAAGCACUCGCUAUCACAAUAGAAAUUGGCGACAGGGAUGGAGAAGCAACAUGCUACGGAAACCUAGGAACUUUGUGCCGAUCACUUGGUCGGUAUGACAAGGCCCAAGAAUACCAGGAGAAAGCACUCGCUCUCGCAACAGAAAUUGGCGACAGGGAUGGAGAAGCAACAAGCUACGGAAACCUAGGAGCUUUGUUCCAAUCACUUGGUCAUUAUAACAAGGCCCGAGAAUAUCAUGAGAAAGCACUCGCUAUCAAAAUAGAAAUUGGCAAUAGGAAUGGAGAAGCAACAAGCUACGGAAACCUAGGAGUUUUGUUCGAAUCACUUGGCUAUUAUGACAAGGCCCGAGAAUAUCAGGAGAAAGCACUCACUAUCAGAAUAGAAAUUGGCGACAGGGAUGGAGAAGCAACAAGCUACGGAAACCUAGGAGCUUUGUUCCAAUCACUUGGUCAUUAUGACAAGGCCCGAGAAUAUCAGGAUAAAGCACUCGCUAUCAGAAUAGAAAUUGGCGACAGGAAUGGAGAAGCAAUAAGUUACGGAAACCUAGGAGCAUUGUUCCAAUCACUUGGUCAUUCUGUCAAGGCCCGAGAAUAUCAGGAGAAAGCACUCGCUAUCACAAAAGAAAUUGGCGACAGGGACGGAGAAGCAACAAGCUACGGAAACCUAGGAGUUUUGUUCCGAUCACUUGGUCAUUAUGACAAGGCCCGAGAAUACCAUGACAAAGCACUCGCUAUCAGAAUAGAAAUUGGCGAUAGUAAUGGAGAAGCAACAAGCUACGGAAACCUAGGAGCAUUGUUCCAAUCACUUGGUUAUUCUGACAAGGCCCGAGAAUAUCAUGAGAAAUCACUCGCUAUCAAAAUAGAAACUGGUGACAGGAAUGGAGAAGCAACAAGCUACGGAAACCUAGGAGCCUUGCUCCAAUCACUUGGUUAUUAUGACAAGGCACGAGAAUAUCAGGAGAAAGCACUCACUAUCAUAACAGAAAUUGGCGAUAGGGAUAUAGAAGCAACAAUCUACAGAAACCUAGGAGCUUUGUUCCGAUCACUUGGUCGUUAUGACAAAGCUCGAGAAUAUCAGGAGAAAGGACUCGCUAUCACAAUAGAAAUUGGCGAUAGGAAUGGAGAAGCAAAGAGCUACGGAAACCUGGGAGCUUUGUUCCAAUCACUUGGUCAUUAUGACAAGGAAAAAGUUGACUUCAUUCAGAAGAUCUUAUACAAGUCCCUUUGCCUUCAUUAUGAAAAAGGAACGUUUCUAACUUCAAAGGACCUUCACAAAGAGGUGGCUAAUAUGGAACAUUCUCCGAACACACGCAAAACCCGUGAGUCAUAA